GAGCUAGAAGUCAGCUUGGAGCGGCGCCGGACCGUGGAUGGCCUUGACUGACGGCGGCUGGUGCCUGCCGAAGCGUUUCGGGGCCGCGCCUGCGGACGCCAGCGACUCCGGAGCCUUUUCAGCGCGGGAGCCCUCUACGACGCCUUCCCCCAUCUCCUCCUCUUCUUCCUGCUGCUCUCGGGGUGGGGAGCGAGGCCCCGGAGGCGCCAGCAACUGCAGGACACCGCAGCUCGACACGGAGACGGCGGCGGGACCCGCGGCUCGCUCGCUGCUGCUCAGCCCCUACGCCUCUCAUCCCUUCGGGGCUCCCCACGGACCUUCGGCGCCGGGGAUCUCUGGCCCCGGGAGCGCCCUGUCGAGCUGGGAGGACCUACUACUCUUCACUGACCUCGACCAGGCCGCGACCGCCAGCAAGCUGCUGUGGUCCAGCCGCGGCGCCAAGCUGAGCCCUUUCGCACCCGAGCAGCCCGAGGAGAUGUACCAGACCCUCGCCGCCCUCUCCAGCCAGGGGCCAGCCGCUUACGACGGCGCGCCCGGCGGCUUCGUGCACUCGGCGGCCGCUGCAGCGGCGGCCGCGGCCGCGGCGAGCUCCCCAGUCUACGUUCCCACCACACGCGUGGGCUCCAUGCUGCCCGGCCUGCCGUACCUGCAGGGGGCGGGCGCCGGGCCCGCCAAUCACGCGGGCGGCGCGGGCGCGCACCCCGGCUGGCCCCAGGCCUCGGCCGACAGCACCCCGUACGGCAGCGGAGGCGGCGCGGCGGCCAGCGGGGCGGCGGGGCCCGGCAGCGCCAGCUCGGCAGCAGCGCACGUCUCGGCGCGCUUCCCCUACUCGCCCAGCCCGCCCAUGGCCAACGGCGCGGCUCGGGACCCGGGGGGCUACGCGGCGGCCGGCGGCGGGGGUGCGGGCGGCGUGAGCGGCGGCGGCGGCAGCCUGGCGGCCAUGGGCGGCCGCGAGCACCAGUACGGCUCGCUGUCGGCCGCGCGGCAGCUGAACGGGACGUACCACCACCAUCACCACCACCACCCGAGCGCCUACUCGCCCUACGUGGGUGCACCACUGACGCCCGCCUGGCCCGCCGGACCCUUCGAGACCCCGGUGCUGCACAGCCUGCAGAGCCGCGCCGGAGCCCCGCUCCCUGUGCCGCGGGGCCCCAGCGCAGACCUGCUGGAGGACCUGCCCGAGAGCCGCGAGUGCGUGAACUGCGGCUCCAUCCAGACGCCGCUGUGGCGGCGGGACGGCACCGGCCACUACUUGUGCAACGCCUGCGGCCUCUACAGCAAGAUGAACGGCCUCAGCCGGCCCCUCAUCAAGCCUCAGAAGCGCGUGCCUUCCUCCCGGCGGCUUGGAUUGUCCUGUGCCAACUGUCACACCACAACCACCACUUUGUGGCGCAGAAAUGCUGAGGGUGAACCUGUGUGCAAUGCUUGUGGACUCUACAUGAAACUCCAUGGGGUGCCUCGACCGCUUGCUAUGAAAAAAGAGGGAAUUCAAACCAGGAAACGAAAACCUAAGAACAUAAAUAAGUCAAAAGCUUGCUCUGGUAAUAGCAAUAAUUCUGUUCCCAUGACUCCAACUUCCACCUCUUCUAACUCAGAUGACUGCAGCAAAAAUACUUCCCCUACGACACAACCGACAGCCUCAGGGGCAGGCGCCUCCGUGAUGUCUGGUGCCGGGGAGAGCGCUAAUCCCGAGAACAGUGAGCUCAAGUACUCAGGUCAAGACGGGCUGUACAUCGGCGUCAGCCUGGCCUCGCCGGCCGAAGUCACGUCGUCGGUGAGACAGGAUUCCUGGUGCGCCCUGGCCCUGGCCUGAGCGGCCGUGGGGAACAGAAGGAGGAUGCCGCCAGGGCCUGCGGGACCGCCUUCACUGAUAUUCUUGGCAGGCUGGCCAGACUGGGCUGAGGAUGCUGACCGGACAUCUUCCUCUGACACGUGAUUUCUGUGCCUUUAUUUGAAAGAGAUGUCUCUCCUAAGGGGCUUGCUCUGCCUUACCACUUGGCCCUGUCUUGAAGACCCAGGGAGAAGAUGGACCGCCUCCAGGGAAGGGCCAGAGCAGCCCGCAGCCUCCCCGGCCACGGCCGCUUCCAGGGUCGGCCAGGGGGACUCCAUGUCCAGCGUGCCACUUCCAGAAACCGGGACUAGGACCGGGGCCUUGCCUGCUACGGAAUAUUGAGAGAGGUUUUUAAACAAAGGUUUUAUGUGUAUUGCCCCAAAUCAUGUGCUUCUUCUGAUCAGUUUUGGUCAUUCCAGAAUUUCUUCGUACCUUUUCCACCCCCAGAUUUCACAUGCGUUUGUGGAGAAGACCAUUCGUUUGGUACACGCCUUCGGAGGCUGAGUUGGUUCUUGAGGUCUCUUGUCAAAAAUAUCACUCGGUUUUGCAGGACUGCAUUGUAACUGUAAUAUACACUGUGACUGACGUUUCUCAAAGUUCAUAUUGUGGGACUGACCCGAAGUCAGUCCGAAUUUGUAAACAGGGUAGCAAACAAAAGAUAUUUUUCUUCCAUGUAUACAAUAAUUUUUUUAAAAAGUGCAAUUUGCGUUGCAGCAAUCAGUGUUAAAUCAUUUGCAUAAGAUUUAACAACAUUUUUUAUAAUGAAUGUAAACAUUUUAACUUAAUGGUACUUAAAUAAUUUAAAAGAAAAAAUGUAAACUUAAACAUUCUUAUGCUUCUUUUACAACUACAUCCCAUUUCUAUCUCUCCAAUUGUGAAAAGGGAAAUAUUUCAAGAACAAAUCUUCUCUCAGGUAAAUUGCCUUAUCCAUUUGUUAAAAUUUUUUGUACAAGAACACCAGUAUCUCCCCUUCAUUUUACUGUGGAAUAUGUGCUGGAAAAAUGGCAACAAAACUUUACUACCUAACAAGAUAACAUUUGUAAAUACUCUAGGCAUCUGUACACACUAUGAUGAAGUCUAUAGUGUGACUGACCCACAGGCAGGUUGGUUUACGUUAAUUUUUUUAAAAAUGGGAUGUCAUAUGGAAACCUAUUUCACCAGAGUUUUAAAAAUAAAAAGGGUAUCGUUUUGUCUUCUGUACAGUGAA